AUGGUGAAAGAAGGUGAAAGAAGCAGCAAACAGGAGUCUACAAGCGUCCAAGUCUUCAUCAACAUCAUGGUCAAUGAAAGUGCUGAAUCUGGCUUCACAUGGGAGGUGAGAGCAAACAGCCGCCACUACCACAAACCAAAACAGAAGAAAUCCUUUCUGUGCUUCCGUUGGGGGAGAUCCGCUGACAAUGUGGUGCGCAGCUACAAGUACACCCCCUUGACGUUCCUGCCCCUGACGCUAUUUGAACAGUUCCAGCGAGCAGCCAAUGUCUAUUAUCUCCUCAUCAUGGUGUUGCAGUGUGUGCCUGCCAUCUCAUCAGUACCAUGGUACAUCACCAUCAUCCCGCUGAUCUCCAUUCUCUCACUGAGAGGGCUGAAAGACCUCAGCAAUGACAUGGCAAGAAGACGCAGUGACUCUGAGAUUAACUCCAGACCCUGUGACAUUCUCAUUUCCCAAAGUUUUCAAAUGAAGAAUUGGAAAGACGUGUGUGUGGGGGAUGUGCUGCGGAUCCACAAAGACCAAGUCUUCCCAGCCGAUCUUCUUCUUUUGUGUAGCUCAGAGCCUCACAGUCUGUGUUACGUGGAGACGGCUGAUAUAGAUGGAGAAACCAACCUCAAGUAUCGACAGGCACUCAGUGCUACACACGAUGAGCUGACCUCUAAUCCCUCAGAGGAGGCCCUUAGUGCCUUUGAUGGUGUUGUACGCUGUGAGGAACCCAACAACCGCUUGUACACCUUCAGAGGUCAGCUGCAGUGGGGCGGAGAGGGUCUCCUCUUGGACAGUGAGCACAUCCUGCUGAGGGGAACAGUCCUACGCAACACAGCCUUUGCGUACGGCUUGGUCAUCUACACCGGCGCAGACACCAAGAUCCUGAGGAACAGCGGGAAAGUGAAACUGAAGAGGACUCAGAUGGAAAAAGUUUUUAACAAAGUGGUGAUGGGGAUAGUCCUGUGUGUGCUGCUGGCAGCUUUGUUCCUUGCCAUUGGCAGCGGCGUGUUUUCUGCUCAGCUCAUGAGACGGAAUGGCGUUCUGUCUGCUCUGGUGUUUAACAGCAAUGCUGUCUACACCGGAUUCCUCGUCUACUGGAGCUACAUCAUCCUUCUCAGCCCAGCCAUGCCUAUAGCCCUCUACAUCUCGUUUGAGCUGGUCCACACGGUCCACAGCCUGUUUAUUGGCUGGGAUUUGGAGAUGUAUUGGCAGCAGGCAGACAAACCGGCUCAGGCUAGGAAUACCUCACUGAACGAGGAGCUCGGCCAAGUGGGAUACCUGCUGAGUGACAAAACUGGAACACUAACCCAGAAUCGCCUGCUCGUCAGACAAUGCUGCAUAGCUGGGGAAAUCUAUGAGACUCCAGUUUACCAGGCUGCGUCCCCAGAUGAGGAAGCACUUGUUGGUGCUGCCAGAGAGCUGGGCUGGGUCUUUCUUUCUAGGGCGAGAGAUUUUAUUGUUGUCUCAGAGCUGGGCGUCACUCGCAGGUAUCAGCUCCUUGCACUGCUGGACUUCACCAGUCAGAGAAGACGCAUGUCUGUAUUGGUGCGGGAGCCAGAAGGUGGAAUAAAGUUGUACUGUAAAGGGGCAGAUAUAGUGAUCCUGGAGAGACUGCAGAAGGACUCUCCACAUCAGGAAAGGACUGAAAGAGCUCUAGAGCUGUUUGCCGAGGCCUGUCUCCGGACACUGUGCAUUGCGGUUCGAUCUGUUCCUGAAGCAUCAUGGGAGCAGUGGAACAAAACUCUGGCUCAGUCUGCCACCAUGGCGACCUGUGACCGUGACGCGCUGCUGGAAAAAUUAUAUGACGAGAUGGAAAUGGACCUGCAGCUGCUGGGGGUGACAGCAAUAGAGGACCGACUUCAGGAUGGAGUGCCUGAAACCAUUGCUCUACUUCAAGAGGCCGGGAUUAAAGUAUGGGUGCUGACUGGAGACAAAAAAGAGACUGCAGUGAAUAUUGGAUAUUCUUGCAAACUACUGGAUCCUGAUAGCAGAAUAGUAGAAUGGGAGGAGCUGAGACAGAUACUCCAGUCCCCAGAUCCACGGGUCAGUUUCUUUAAGCCCAGACAGACAGAGCUGUGGGCUGUAGACAAGGAGAUGGCUGUAGCAAAGACUUCCGUGGUCCUCACCGGACCUGAGCUGUCUCCCCCGCAUCUACGCAUUUGGGUCUGUUUUCCCCAGACAGAGUUUGACCAGAGGCCAGAAUGGGGGGCCACAUUCAUGAGCCUGGCAGAACAUUGUCAGUCUGUCCUGUGCUGCCGCGUAACACCUGCACAGAAGGCCGAAAUCGUCACAUUGGUGAGAAAACAUACCAGCUCAGUGACCAUGAGCAUUGGUGAUGGUGCCAAUGAUGUCAAUAUGAUCAAGACGGCUCAUGUUGGUGUGGGUCUGGCAGGAGUGGAGGGAGGUCAGGCGGUGCAGAAUGCAGACUUUGCAUUGGCCCAGUUCAGAUUUCUGCAGCGGCUGCUUCUCGUCCAUGGCCGCUGGUCCUACCGUCGCAUUUCCCUCUUCUUGCGCUAUUUCCUGUUUAAGACCUGCAGUUUUGCCCUUGUGCAUCUAUGGUUUGGUUUCUUCAAUGGCUUCAGUGCUCAGUCUCUGUAUGAAACAUGGUUCAUCGCUUUAUACACGGUUUUCUACAGUGCAUACCCAAUUCUUUGCCUGGCCUUUUUUGAACAGGAUGUCAGCGCAGAAAAAAGCUUAAAAUUUCCCGAGUUGUACAAGUGUGGACAGAGACAUGAGCUCCUGAGCCCCCUCAAGUUGACCUUGUCACUCCUGCAUGCUGUGUAUGCAUCGCUCGUUUUCGUCUUCAUCCCGCUCGGCGUUUUCGACAACACGGUCUUUGACUACCAGACGAUGGCGAUCACGGUUUCCAUGGCAGUUACGUUCACUGCCACGAUUGAGAUUAUUCUGCUGACCAGACACUGGACCAAGUUCAACAUAGCAGCUGUAAUUGUCUCCGUGGGGCUGUUCUUCAUCUGUACCAGGAUCACCCACAACCGCUUCCUUUUUGAGAAAUCACCCAAGGACUAUAUAUUUCUUGGUGCAUCUGAUUACGCCUUCACUGAUCCGGUUGUAUGGCUCACAGCUCUGCUUGUUGCCUGGACAGCUGUUUUGCCCUCAGUGACUGCUCACGCCCUCAGUGUCAUCCUCAAUGUCCACGAUAAACACAAGGUGAUCUUUUUGUGCAUGGGAGAGUAUGAACGAAAGAUCUAG